AUGAUUCUCGGCGUCAGUGUUGUAGCCCAGAACGAUGAGCCUGAAGACCAAAUUAAGCCCAAGCGUAUGUAUGGCAUGAAAGAAGAGGCAAUGCUGGAUUGUUUCGAAGUCGCCGUCAUCGAGCAGCAAGCCCAAACACAUCAUCAAAACGACCCUAUCGAUCACCUCAACGUCGGACUGGACCCAGCUGAGCUGCACAAAGCGAGGACCGAGGCAGAAGGCGAUAUCGACGAUGUUUGGUCAGCCGACUCACGAUUUUCGUCCCUGGUACAUUUCGUGAACGCGUGUGGUAGCGGUGAUCAAGGAGUCGAUGGUGACGCCGGUUCUAUCCUAACGCGACUGGAAGCUACUGUAACAGAGUAG